AUGUUGGAAGAGUUUAUUGAAAAAUUACCCAAUAUUGACAGUGAUAAACGUUACGAGGAUAUUUCACCAGUGGAACAGCACACAAUGGCAUCGAAUGGUAUUGACAAUAUUGCCAUGAGACGUGAUGAUGAGUACCGGAAUCGUAUAAUGAGAAUGGAAGAAGAGUUGCAGGAAGAUAAAGGCUCAACAUGCAGUACACUACUGAUACUGCUGUCCGUAGCUCUGGUCAUUUUAACUUUACCAUUUAGUCUAUUUGUGUGUUUUAAGGUGGUGCAGGAAUAUGAACGUGCGGUUAUAUUUCGUUUGGGACGUUUAAUGGCCGGUGGUGCUAAAGGACCUGGCAUUUUCUUUAUACUGCCCUGUAUUGAUUCUUAUGAUAGAGUGGAUUUGCGUACCCGCACUUAUGAUGUACCACCACAAGAGGUCCUUACUAAAGACAGUGUUACGGUAUCAGUGGAUGCUGUUGUCUAUUAUCGCGUCUCAAAUGCAACCGUUUCCAUAGCGAACGUUGAAAAUGCUCAUCAUUCAACGCGUCUGCUGGCGCAAACAACACUCCGCAAUACAAUGGGUACAAGACAUUUACAUGAGAUACUCAGUGAACGUAUGACGAUUUCCGGCACUAUGCAGCUACAAUUGGAUGAAGCCACCGAUGCAUGGGGCAUUAAAGUAGAGCGUGUGGAAAUCAAAGAUGUACGACUUCCGGUGCAAUUACAAAGAGCCAUGGCAGCGGAGGCGGAAGCAGCACGCGAAGCCAGAGCCAAAGUCAUAGCCGCAGAAGGUGAACAAAAGGCAUCGCGUGCAUUGAGAGAAGCCUCAGAGGUUAUAGGCGGUUCGCCAGCUGCUUUACAAUUAAGAUAUUUACAAACUUUAAGUCAAAUAUCAGCAGAGAAAAAUUCCACUAUAGUGUUUCCCUUGCCCAUAGAUUUAAUAACGUAUUUCCUAAAAUCAAAUGAUGCUGCCACCCACCAAUUAGCUGAAGCUGCUGUGGCUGCCAUGGAUAAAAUUGCCACGAAACAGGACAACGAAACAUCAAACUCGUUAGAGAAAACUUCCUAA